GCCGCCACAACACGACCGCCGUCCUCAUUGGUCGACGCGCGCGUCUGGGAGGGGCUCGGGAAAAAUUGGAGGGGAGAAAAAUCCCCUCUAAAUAGCUCUCCGUCAAGCGGUGAAAAACUAGAAUCCGCUGAACCGGCAUCGAGAACGCGUCGCCGACGUCUUCGCACCGUCCCGAUCCAUCCGCGUUACGCUUGAGGAGAAUUAUUUGCGAUUCGAUUCGUGUGUCGUCGUAGAAGUUUCGAGUACGUCAGUGAACGGUUUUGCAAUCCGGGAAGUGUGACCGUUGUUUGUGAAGUGCUCGGCGCUAAACGCUGGUUAAAAACGCACGGAGAUAUUGGAGUACACGUAACGACAAGAGGAACGAGACAAGGCUUCGGACUGUCGCGUUACUCGGAUAACGCCUGAAAUUUUUCAAGGAAAAUGCAUCUGCCGGACGGUCCCAUCGGGAUGGAUAACUUCGGCGCUAUUCACGACACCCUCAGGGCCUGUCACGGGGACCUGGUGCAGACCGGAAGUCCGGCGAUUCUCUGCAGCGCCCUGCCGACUCACUGGAGGUCGAACAAGUCUCUUCCAGUCGCGUUCAAGGUGGUCGCUCUCGACGACGUGGUCGACGGUACGAUGGUCACAAUCCGUGCCGGAAACGACGAGUACUGUACCGGUGAAAUGAGGAACUACACGGCGGAGAUGAAGAACCAAGUUGCCAAGUUCAACGACCUCAGAUUCGUCGGUCGCAGCGGAAGAGGAAAGUUGUUCUCCCUAACGAUCCAGAUCAACACGGUACCCCUCCAAGUCGCUACGUACACCAAGGCGAUCAAGGUCACCGUCGACGGACCCCGGGAACCUAGAUCAAAGUCGAAUUACCAGUACGGACCCGGAUUCUCGGGACUUGGACUCCUGAAUCCUUGGCUGGACGCCGCUUAUCUAGGACACGCUUGGCACAUGCCGCAUCCGGCGCUCGUCAAAGGAUCUCUGCCGCUGCCAACUCCGAACAUGUUCUUUCCGACCUUCACGCCCUCCGUGCCAACGUCCGCUUAUCCAUUUCCGGAACCGAUGAAGUACCCGGAAUACGCGACGCUCCCGAAGAUCAAGGCGUCCUCGACACCGCCGAGGAGUCCCAGCGACAGCGGCAGCGAAGCGGAGGAAGUUAGAAGCGCCUUCGUACCGAUUCGUCUCAGCACCCUGAACCAGUCGCCGCCGGUCGUUCCUGCAACGACGCCUGCAGUGCCGAAGAAACCAACGGAGGGAGUCAGGAACGAAUUGAAGGCCCCGAAGACCCUGAUAUCCCAGAGAUCGCCGAAGAGUCCUUCCCAGACGAAAAUCACCUCGCCGGCACCGGCGAAACCAGUCUGGAGGCCGUAUUAAAAGCCGGAUCAUUAUCGCCGAGAUAGGAUUACCUGGAUCAGAAGAAGAUGAACUUCGAGAGUAAAAGAUUGAAUUUAACCUGAGCUGGAAGCUCGCGGAAUCGGAUUCGAGGAUCGUCGCGUAGUUCGCCUGCUUCCCGGUCAUUGGAUUAUAAAAUACUCGAAACCGAGGCAAAUCGCUCGGUCAAACAAUAAUCCGUCGUAAAAGUUAUGAAGGGCAAAAAACUUUGGCCAUAGGAUCAACGGAUUUUACAAAGUUGCACGUGAAAUUUCUUGUAAAUUAACCUACCUUAAACGCCUAAUUAUACAAAUAUAUAUAUAUAUACACACGAUUGUAAAUAGUAUUGAAAGAAUCAAGAGACCGGUUGGUAAAAGACGAAGAAGAAAGAGUAUGAAAAAGAAGGUAGUGUGCAAAGAUUGCACGUGUAAAAAACAAAAAAAACAAAAUUUCGACACACUGUUAACAUUGUCCUUCGGCGAAAUGGGGAAAAAAUCGAUCUAC